AUGGAACGAGCACUGCAAGCACAAUUGGGAACCCGACGUCUCAUACAACAGGGUGAUGACCCUAUCACCUGGGAUGCCUUCCAGGAGGAAUUCUACAAGAAGUACUUUCCAAACUCCGCCCUGACAGCAACGGAACUUGAGCUGCUGCAGCUGAAGCAGGGAACUAUGUCUGUAUCUGAGUACACAGACAAGUUUGAGGAGCUGUUCAGAUUCUCCCGCAUGUGUCAAGGAGCUUCGAAGAACUUCGAGGAGUGGAAAUGCAUCAAAUAUGAAGGAGGGCUCCGAAGCGAUAUCUACAGCUCAGUAUGGCCUAUGGAGAUCAGGACUUUCUCUGAGUUAGUAAACAAGAGCAGAGUCGCCGAAGAGUGGAGAAGAUUUGGGAAGCAACCUCUGAAUGAGCAGGCUUGCACUAGAUGUGGGAGUUACCAUCCUGGUGUUCCGUACAAGGCUGGAUUGGGUUUGUGCUACUCAUGUGGCAAGUCGGGGCAUAAAACCUCCAACUCUCUGUUUACUACUUCAGCUGUGGGUGCCGAGGGAUCAGAGGCACUUAUCCGAGAGGAAUUCCCUUCUAGGCGAGAGGUUGAAUUUGCGAUUGAGUUGGUGCCGAGAACAGGGCCAAUCUCGAUUGCUCCUUAUAGGAUGUCACCGCUAGAGAUGACCGAGCUAAAAUCUCAAUUAGAGGAUCUAUUGGAUAAGAACUUUAUCCGACCAAGUGUUUCUCCAUGA